GACAUUGACAGGAUUUACGAUUUUACAUGAAUUUUAAUUUUCCGGAGAUGAGAAUUGAAUUCCGGUUAUUUUCGGUUUAAACUUUAUUUUCUUCCAAAAACUCCGAAAAUUGUUUUUUAGGCAAGUAUGAAGCAAAGAGUAAAUUGGUAAUCUGGUAUGCAAGCGACUAUUGUUAAAAUGGAUAAUGAGAAAGGUAUUAUUUUUGAUGUAACAGUGAUGAAGCAGGAACUAUUAGACGAAGACUUAAUAGUAACCUAUGGCAAUGUCUACGACUCUUUUCUUGAUGUGAAAGAAGAGCUAAUCAGUGAAGAGUUUUGUGACAACAAUGUUUUUAAUUCAUCAGCAUUAACAGUCUUAUGUUUGAAAGAAGAAACUGCUGAAUUAGAAGGACUACAAGACCUACCUGAACCUCAACAAACACAAUUAUUGAAUGAUGAUGUAUCAACAAGUACUGAUAUACCUACUAAAUCUGACUACUCAGACACUGUAAUAAGUUUCCCUGAACACUGUAUUGGUGCACCUUUGCUAAAGGAUCAUACAAAAUCUAAAAGCACGAACAUCUGUGAAACCACACUAACGGGAAAAAAACAGAAAAGACGGCGAAAAGAAUUAAAUAAAUCUAAAACUAAUAUACAUAAGAAAUGUGAUACUUUAGAGCCCCAUAAUACAAAUGAUACUUUAGUGCCCCAUAAUACAAACCUAGAAUUACUUUUUUGCGAACACUGCUCAUUCAAUAGUGUAUGUAAGGCGAACUUAAAGAGACAUAUUACUAAACACAGCAAAGAGAGAGAAGACAUUAUUUGUAAAAUUUGCAUGAAAAAGUUUACACUGAGAGGCAAUCUACUGAGACACAUGAAAAUUCAUUCUGGUGUGAAGCCUUUCUCUUGUGAUAUUUGUGGUUUUAAAGUUAGAUGGAAAUACCGUUUGGAUAAUCAUAUGAAAAGCCACAUAGGUAAAAAAAGGGAUAAACAUUUCUCAUGUAAUAUUUGCAAGAAAAAAUUUACAACUAAGAGUAAUUUAAUGACCCAUAUAAGAAAACAUUCGGGUAAGAAACCUUUCAGCUGUGAAAUAUGUGGGAAGAGAUAUUUAACCAAGGAUAGUUUAGUUGUUCAUAUGAGAGUCCAUACAGGUAUUAAACCGUUCUCUUGCCAUGUAUGUAGCUAUACAUGUAGAUAUCAUUCUUCCAUAGCUAAGCACAUGUUAAAGCACUGAUCAAAAUCCGUUAUUGUUGUAAAUUACUCAAAAUCAAUACCAUCAAAUUAUUAAAUAUGUAUUGUCCAGUUCGAGUCAUCACAGUCGCCGUCGGAGGAUGCAUAAUUGUUCAUCUACACGGGCGGCAGCUGCUACCGACGACUGCAGUCUGCGACGUCUCGGCGGCAGCCAACGGCAGUCUACUCUCGGCGGCAGUAGCCGACUGCAGUCGACUGUCGUUGACUACCGCCGAGAGCGAGACGUCGCUGACUACAAUCGUCGGUAGCAGCUGUCGCUGAGACGUUGCCGACUGCAGUCGACUACGGUCGUCGAUAGAGUUGCCGCUCGUGUAUAUGAACCCUAAUUCAUAAUGCUUGUGCCUUGUUUCAUAAUAUCAUAAUUCUUAAUUUCAUAAUCACAUCUUAGUAAGCUGUGAAAUCAUGGGCGUAGCCAGGAUUCUAUCUAGGGCUUAGACCAUUAUUAAUGGUCUAACAUCUAGGGGGGACAGCUAUACUAAAAUUUGAGUAGCUAGUACAAUAUCAGUACAAUAGAGUCAGACUGAAACUAGUUUUUACCGCCAAAGCCGAAACAGUAAUUCGGCGUCAGUUUCAUUUCGGCCGAAACCAAAACUUCCAUAGAGGUCAUUUGGGUUCCGUACCUCAAAAAGAAGAAACGGAACCCUUUUAUGAUCACUUUGUUUACCGUCUGUCCGUCUGUGUGGGAUAUUUUUACGCUUGAUGGCGUUAAGUCGAAAUUCUAACUUAAACUUGAUUAAAUUAAAAACCACUUCUUUGAAUAUCUUAAAAUUUGGUAUUUCUGGAAUCAACUAACCGAUUUAGAAUAAUUAAGACAAGCCAUUUAUUUCGACAAAAUUAGUAUCACCAAUCGAUGUCAAAACCGAACCCCUUUUUUAUUUUUAGUUAAUUGUUUAUUAUUAUAAACUUUUGCACUGUAAGCGAGCGGGCUUUCAUUUGUUUCAAAACUACAACAUAUAUUCAACAAUUCCGAAUAGAAUGACUCGCUAAACUCCAUCAUUGUUGUAAUGCACAUAGUUAUUAGGCUAAGUACAUAGUUGCAGUCCAAGUAGAUGACAACACAGGGUUACCUUAAUGCGCCAAUAAAUGACAACAGCCUCUGCUACAGCGCCCUCAUCUGGGGGCACGGCAGUGCCCCCGCAAGUCGAGCAAAAAAGAAAUAUUUUUCCUUUCUUUUGUAUCGCACUAUAGUAAUUACCUACAAAGUACCAAAAUAUUUUUUGUAAUCAUGAUCUGUAAAUGCGAAUUACUGCUUUUACUACAAACAAUUUGAUUACAUUGAUGAUCUAUUAUAAUGAAGAAUAGCAUUAUUAUAUUUUUGUACAUCAGGAUUGGUUUCAAGAAUAAAAUUUUAAUUGUAAUGUAA